AUGGCUCAAGAAUCCUGGUUCAUCAAGCCAGAGCUCAUCACCAACUGGACGAUAAACCCCAUCGCUGGUGGAGGGUUUGGCGAUGUGUUCCGGGCCACCUAUCUCGGAGCCGAUGUUGCCGUGAAGCAGCUCCGAUGUACCUGCACCAGAGCGGAGCUGGCCGAAUUUCGCCGGGAAAUCAACAUUUGGCACCGGCUCCAUCAUCCCCACAUCCUCCCUUUGCUCGGCGCUUGCGAUACAGAGAGCAAGCCGUUCAUGGUCUCUCCGUUUAUGCCGAACGGGACACUCAAGGGAUACGUUUCCGUGGCCGACGCACCGCGCUCUGUUGGCGAGAAGCUAGCACUGCUGAUUCAAGUCACGAGCGGCAUGACAUAUCUCCACACCUACAGCAUCGUCCACGGCGACCUCAAGUCUCAGAACGUGUUGCUGGACGCUGGCCCUCGUGCUGUUAUUUCAGACUUUGGAAUGUCUCAAACCAAGUACAGCUCCGCCUCCAUUCGAACAAAUAUGGGAGGAAUGGUUGGCGGGACCAUGGAUCAUAUGGCCCCAGAGAUGUUUGACGAUGAUGAUCCGGCGGGGUCAUCCAAGAGAACCGACGUGUACGCCUUUGGAAUCAUGACUUACGAGACUCUGAACAAUGGGAAGCCCUCGUGGGUCACAAGCGACGGACGACCCAUGAAGGACAAGGUGAUCGAGAGCCAGAUUUGUCGAGGGAAGCGGCCUCGGAGGGUGCCUGAGAUCGCCGAUUCUCUCUGGCAGCUCCUUGAGCGAUUCUGGCAUCAGGAUCCGGGCAGCCGUCCAGCAUUUCCGGAAAUCGCCAACCAUCUCAAGGUGUGCAAUGAGGAGCUUCCAAACGAAACCCCAUCGCAAUCUCUCCAUCAGCCACUUUGCAAUCCAAAGCUCGUCGCCUUGCCACUAGGCUCGCGCAGUUCAAGAUCGUCAGGGGUAGGAAUAUGA